CAGUGUCGCUGUGUUCGUUCCAAGCAAAGCUGCAUCUCUGUUUUGGUCUAACAAGCGUCUGACAUUUCCACAUUUCUUGCUAAUGAGUGCUGAGCUAUUCUAUCAUUUGGUUUCCUAAUUUGUGGGAUUAUUUGAUAGAAGAGCAGUUUUUUUAAGUUAAGUUAACCUGACUAUUGUUGUACUCUUCUCUUUCUCUCUCUCUCUCUCUACAUUCCAGAAUAUUUUAGUUUCACUAUAGCCUUUGGCUAACAUUACGGUUGAAAUGCAUAUUUAUAAUAAUUUGUGAAUUAAAAAAAUUCUCAAAUAAUAAAUAUCAAUAGUAAUAUUUAAAAACAUUAACAUAAAGCCUGAGCAAACAGUCUCAAUACAGAUCUCUUCAUAUUUGUUUUAGAUGGAAGGAUUAUGUUGAAGAUACACGUAAAUCAGGAAUUUUAAUUAACUUACUGGUGAUGUUUGGUGGAAUAACUAUGUUUAAGUCUUUCUAAGUUCCAUAAAAAGGAUAUUCUAUCGAGAAAUCACUUGUUAUUGACAUGUAGACAAGCACCUUGACUUUGCUGAUUUAUCGGUUUAGAACUAAUUCAGACUUUUUCAGUUUUUGUAAUUUUCUUGUGGGAAAUGCAGUAAUGCUUGCAUGUAAACCAUAAAUAAAGUGAAAUGUGACCUGUUUUAAAGGGUCAGCGCAGUAAAUAUUUUUUUUUUUAGGUCUAUCAUCUUAAUUUUGAACAGUGCAGGAAAGCUACUGUGAACAGAAGCAUUUGCAAAUUAAUGUAAUGUAACAAGACGUUUAUAUUUGAAUAUCGCCACAAGAUUAAAGCCAAUAUGCAGCCAGGUAGCUCUGAUGCAGGAUGUGCUCUAUCCCCGUCCUUGCUUUCUUUCUCUACUCUUCAGCCUGAUCCCUUCUCUGUCACCAGAAUGAGCACACAAUCAUCAGGCAGGAAGACCCCAGUGGACCACGGCGUCCAGAUCCGCUUCAUCGAUGACCUCGGCGGGCAGCCUGGGGCCCAGCCCAAGACCAAGAAUCAGGCCUCUGCCAAAUACGGUGUGGCAGUCAGGGUGCAGGGUAUCGCUGGCCAGCCCUAUGUAGUCCUGAAGGAUGGAGAGAAAGGAGACUCGUAUGGGGUCCAGCUCAAAACCCAGCCCUUAUCUGGCUACACCAGCCUUCCACGGCGGAGAGAGAAAGCCGAGCCAGGAACACAGAGGGCAAAUGUAGGAGGAGAAAGCGGAGGUGGGCAAGAAGGGGCACUACGCCGGGCCCAGUCCCAUGGGUCACUGUUGGACAGGGAUGGAGAGGAAGGGGCAGGCAAUGAGGAUUUCCAGCUGUCGAGGCCACCAGGGGAUGGGAAGUCUGGUAGUUAUGGGAACCUGGAUGGAGGUUUAGGUGUAAGAGGAGAGAGAGAGCAGCCUCAGCAUGUCAGUGGUAGAGGUGGGCCCAUGGAAAGGAAUAAAUGGGGUGGUUCUUAUCAGACAGGGCUCAAUGGAUCAUCAGGGUCAGUGAGGGGCAGUCAGACCUACCCCGACCCUCCUCUACAAACAAAUGAUUUUCAGUCUAAUCGGAGACAAACUGCUGCAAACAGACCAGUAAACAGGUUUGAUGAUGUAAACAGAGGGGACCAGCAGAGAGGCCUCCUUCCUCCACAACAAGAUCCCAGAGCUACAUCACCUCUUCACAGCUCCUAUCCCUACACCUCACCACCGUCCUCCACUCACAGCAGCUUGGGGCGCAGCCAGCACGCUGUGAAGCAGUGGCCUUUACCAGGGAGAGAAGCUGCUGUGGUGACACCGCAGGCCGGCCUCACUGAGACACAGGUGACCCCUGACCUUUUGCUGGACCAGGCUCAGAGUGCAGAGAUGAGCGGCGAGGAGGAGCAGGUGAUGCAGACCAUAUACAACAUCCUGAGGCAAGGAACCAAUGAGAGUGAUGUUGCCAUCAGGCACAGGGUCAAGCUCAUCACUCAGAAGAUUCAGAAUAUAAAGUCUAAAGAAUCCCAGAGGGAAGAGUGGAUGAGAGAAAAGAAGGAGCUUGAGAGAAAGACUACUGAACUUCAAAGUGCCCUGCAGGAGGGAAAGAGGGACUCUGAUCCCGCCCUGAAAGCUGAGCUGGAGUCCUGUCUGGAUGAAAACCUGCAACUGCGGGAGAUGCUGGACCGAAAGAAGAUAGAAUUAAAUGAAACACAUUCAGAGCUGACUCAGCUCAGGAUGGAUAGGGAGAAUGCAGAGGUACGAGUCAGAGAGAUGGAGGACCAGCUGGCUGAGCUUCAGGACGAGCUGAGAAGAGAUAACGGCAGCAAGACGGACCUGAAGUCUUGUCAGGCCCAGCUGAUGGAGGUCUGCCAGCUGAAACACAAGCUGGAGGAGACACUGAGACAGAGAGAGAGGGAGCUCACAGCUCUGAAAGGAGCACUAAAGGAAGAGGUGGCCACACAUGACAAAGAGAUAGAAGUCCUCAGAGAGCAGUACAGUGCGGACAUGGAGAAGCUCCGCAGCAGCAUGGAGCAAGUGUCUCAGUCUCACGCAGGGAUCGAAUCCGAGCGUUUGCGUGUCAAUGCAUCGGUUCGCUCUCUGCAGCAGCAGCUGGAGGACUGUCGAGACGAGAGCGGCCACUGGAUGGAGCAGUUUCACUCCACCAGAGAUGAUCUUCGAACAACUAAACAAGAGCUCCUGCAAGCUCGUCUGGAAAAAGAGGAGUUUGAGGAGGAACUGAAGGAGCUCCAGGAGAGAGUGAGCACCAUGAAACAACAGAUACCAGACCCCACCCACACCCAGACUCUCAACCAGGAGCUCAAAAGAUACGAUGCUGAUCUGCAGAAGGCAAAGACUGAGGUGGAGAAGCACCGAACGGAGUUUGACAAGAAGGUUAUGGAGGUCAUCACCAUAAAGAAAACUCAUCAGAACCAAGAGGCAGAGAUGAAGUAUGAGAUCGACAGGCUCAAGGGCCAAUUGCAGAGGGCUAAAGAAGACUACGCCAAGGCACAGGAGAAAAAUAAGCAGCUCCCAGACCCAUCCACCAUCACGGAGCUAGAGCAGAAGCUUGUGGAGGCAGGUAUGGAAGCUAACCAGCUCAAAGAGAAACUCUCAUUGGCUGAAGAGGAAGUGGAAAGCAGAAAAACACAAAUCAGUAAAGCUCAGCUGGACCUUAAGUCGCUUCAAGACUCCCAGCAGGAGCAGAAAGACGCCAACGCACGUCUUAAAGAUAAACUCUCACGGUUAGAGGCUCAGCUGCAGACCAGCACCACAGAGAGCUCAGAGACAGAGCUCGCCCUCCACUCUGAGGUGAGAGGCCUGAGAUCUGAGCUAGAUGAGGCCAAGAGAAAAGCCUCCAGACUGAGCCAGGAGCACCGUGAAUGCAGCCUGCGCCUGGAGGAUACAGAGAAAGAGAAGGAGACACUCAGGCAGAACAUCAACCAGCUGGAAGAAGCCAAACGGCAGCAGGAGAGAGCUCUGGAGAAACUCAGCAAAGAGCAUGAGUCUCUGACCACGUCCUUAAGGGAGGAGGCACAGGCUCUCAGGGUUCAGCUGGAAGAGCAGAGAGACAGAGCACGCAAGGAAAUGCACGAGGUGCAGCGUCACGGAAACGACGCUGAGACUGAGCUCGAAAGAAGCAAAACAAAUCUGAAGAGACUGGAGGAAGAAAUGUCACGGCAGAAGAAGGAGAUCUUGCUUGUGUGUGAGGAGAGAGACAACCACCAGCUGGAUAAAGAGCUUCUCUCCAACAGACUGCGCCACCUUGAGGGAGAGGUGGAGGCCAGCAAAAACAACCACAACGAGAAAACCCGGGAGAUCCGGAUCCUGGAGGACAAGCUGAAGCGUAUGGAGCUGGAGCUGGAGGAGGAGAGAAGCAGUGCGGAGAUGAUGACGGAGCGGAUGACGAGGAGCAGAGACCAGAUCGAUCAGCUCCGCUCUGACCUCAUGCAGGAGAGGUCUUCCAAACAGGACCUGGAGCUGGACAAGAACACCAUGGAGAGACAUCUGAAGGAGCUGAGGAGUCGUGUUGUUGACAUGGAGGGCCAGUCUCGCUCCUCAGCCGGAGUCUCUCAGCUGGAGAACAAGAACCUGGAGCUUGAAGAACGUCUACUCAGCGAGGAAAGGGAGAAGAACUCUAUCCUUGCAUCUCAACGUCGUCUGGAGAGGAAACUUAAAGACCUCAGUUUGAUGCUGGAUGAGGAGCGACAGGCACACACUGAACAGAGAGACCAGUUUGCCCUGAGGGUGAAGGCUCUUAAGAGGCAGGUGGAUGAGGGAGAGACUGAGCUGGAAAGGGUUGAUGGUCUCAGGAGAAAAGCUCAGAGAGACAUGGAGGAACAGAUGGAGUUUAAAGAAGCCCUGCAGACCAGAGUCACAGCUCUGGAGGUCGAGAUCAAGAGGAAAGCUCAGGCAGCAAGGCGUCCAGCUCUGGAUUCAGCCCUGAGCUCAGAUGAUGAUGACAGCUUCUAUGACCCAACCAGCAUCACCUCCAUCCUCACUGAGGGCAACCUCCAGACCAGCUCCUGUUGAGGCAGCACUUUGGGGACCUGGAGGGAGAGAGGAAGCAGCAAUAGAGGGUAGCGUAGGAUCCCUGGAUUGUAGUUUGGGAGUAAAGCCAAAAGGCAGAAUGGUAUGCACUACAUAUAAAGUACACAUUGUAGAAGUUAGCAGGGGGGAGAUUUUCCACCCUCGAUUGAACGGAAGGAAACAAAACAUCCUCUUCUGUUCGGGGAAUUCACUUCAGUCGUCUACAAUGUGCUGAGAUGUUCUCCACGGUACAACUGGAACAAAUCCUAGUCAUGCACAUCGUACACAGCCAAUACGUCUCAGACCAGUUUAAGGUUAAGAUUGUUCAUCAAGCACUUAUGGUUCUAUGUCUGGCUUCGACUGUAGGGUAAUUUAUACUCUCAUUUCCUGGUGUAAAAAGUUAACAUAGUAGACAGAAGGCAGGUAGAACCAGAGAAAACAAGGACUGAAUGUCGACGCUGUGAUUAUUAAAGCCACCACGGAAGGCAAACUGCGAGCAAUUCAACAAAAUAACCCUCAAAUGAAUUUGCAUAACCAGCUCUAAUGGUUAAAUUACUGUAAAUGAUUCCUGCUGAAUAGAAUCCGGAUUUUGUUUACUGAAAACAAAAUAUAUAUUUGUUUAGCUCUGGCAUACGUCUGUCCUCUGGUUUAGAGUUUACUCCACAUUCCAGUCUUCACUGUCACCUGGUGUACAUUAUAAACUAUGACACUAUUAUAGCAUCGCAAAUGGAUUUAUUUACACAAGGACACAGGUUCUUCUUUCAAGCCAGUAAUAAAUAGCACAUACGUGAGAGAAGCCUCAUGUUGAUACAAAAGUUAAUUCAUUGAAUCAUUAUUCUGUAGAGGUUUCUCAGUAAAGAUGCAACCAUGUAGGAUCUCAGGAGUUUUGUUCCAUAACUCCGACGACAGAGGGAUCCGUGCCUAACGAGCGUCUUUCCUUCAGAACAUGAAGGAUUCAAAUGGUUUUCCACUUUGGAAGAAACAAAAUGGCCAAAAUAUCUUCACUGUGUCGUAGAAACUUUAUAAAAUGUUUGAUUGAAGCUGCACAACUUCUAUGCAUUCCCUUAUAAAACAUGUACAUUCCUUUCAUUACAAUGCCUUAAUGAUUUUUUAUUUGACUCGUUAUUCUUAUCAGAAUUGUUUUUUGUUGUAAAGUUUUGUAGAUUUGAGUCUUCAACUGAUUUUGGAAACAGUUUGAAUAAUCAGUUGAACUUAUAAUUGUUUUACAUUCUGCUGCAAUGUAACAUUUCUGUCUGUGAUUCCAGUGAAACUGGAAAAUGGUACCUAUAUGAUUAGUUAGACAGCUGAAUAUACAUAUGUUGAAUUGAAGGUGCUGGUAUUUACUGUAAUUGUUGAAUGGAAAAGUUUCACACUGUAACUGUACUUCAGAGAAUAGUUUUUCUAUUACGAGUAUGAAUUUACAAACAAUAAAAAAAAUCAAGUUAAAAU